UUUCUUUGUUUUUGCUUGCUCGCUCAUUGCCUGUCCUGUUGCAAUUAUAUUAGUCCUAAUUAAACUUGAGUUGCUUCACCACAGCCAGCUGCAGCUAUACCAACGGUCAUUGCUUGUCAUAAAUUAUUAUAUAAAUCUUAAUAAAUAAAAGUUGCUUCACCACAACCAGCUGCUGCAACUAAACCAACCAGAGAUUAGCUUUGACACCAAAAAAUGGUGGCAGUUUUCAACAAAGAGCUUUUAAGUUGGUACUUGCUCACCCUCAAACUCAAAGAAACUGUAGAAGCUGGAGUUUCAACUCAACAAGCUUCAGCAUUAUAUCGAUCAGAACAAACAUACCUCCUGGAACAUCAUGAAGAGUCCUCCUCUAUACGCGAAAUUGAUGCUUUCGGAUCAGGGCCUAGACCAGCGAUCUCUGAAUGGGUGAUCAAUAUCAAUGCAAAGCUUGAACAAGCUCGGCAAGAAGACUUGGCUGGUUCUUGGGGCAGAGUGUCCAUCUACAGAGUCCCUCAGUACUUGAAAGGAGGUGAUAAUAAGGCUUAUAUUCCUCAAAUUGUGUCAUUAGGGCCUUAUCAUCAUGGCAAGAAGCGUCAUAGAAACAUGGACCGCCACAAGUGGCGGUCUUUUUACCAGAUCUUGAAGCGUACUAAUCAGGAUUUAAAACUGUAUUUGGAUUCUAUGAAGGAACUUGAAGAGAGGACUCGGGCUUGUUAUGAAGGGAAGAUUAAUCUUAGUAGCAAUGAGUUUGUGGAAAUGAUGGUGCUUGAUGGAUGCUUCAUUCUUGACCUGUUUCGUGGCGCUUCAGAGGGAUUCCAGCAGAUUGGGUACUCUCGAAAUGACCCUGUGUUUGCUAUGCGUGGAUCAAUGCAUUCAAUUCAGCGCGAUAUGAUUAUGCUUGAAAAUCAGAUUCCCCUUUUCGUUCUUGAUCGGUUAUUAGGCCUUCAGUUGGGUCAUCCUGAUCAGAAAGGGCUUGUUGCCAGGCUCGCCCUUAGUUUUUUCGAUCCACUAAUGCCGACGGAUGAGCCUUUGACAAAGAGUAAUAGGAACAAAAUGGAACAUUCAGUAGGAUAUACAAACACAUUUGACCCUUUAUCUGAUCAAGGCCUUCACUGUCUGGAUGUUUUCAGGCAGAGUUUGCUGCGUAGAGGGCCUUCACCACUUCCACAGGUUUGGAAGAAGCAAUGGUCUCAUGUUUGUCGAGUCGCAGAUAAACGCAGGCAGCAGUUGACACAUUGUGUAACAGAGCUGAGAGAAUCUGGAGUCAAGUUUAAGAAGAAGAAGACAGAUCGCUUCUGGGAUAUAACAUUCAGUAAUGGGCUGCUUCAGAUUCCCAGGCUCUUGAUUCAUGAUGGUACCAAGUCACUUUUUCUCAACCUCAUAGCAUUCGAGCAGUGUCAUCUGGAUUGUGGCAAUGAAAUAACAUCAUAUGUGAUCUUCAUGAACAAUAUGAUCAACUCGACCGAAGAUGUAGGUUACCUUCAUUAUUGUGGGAUCAUUGAGCAUUGGCUUGGUAGUGAUCACGAAGUUGCUGAACUCUUUAACAAGCUGUGUCAAGAGGUCGUUUUCGACAUCAAUGACAGUUAUCAUUCGCGCUUGUCAGCGGAGAUCAACAAGUAUCAUGACCACAGGUGGAACGCCUGGCAGGCAACCUUAAAGCACAACUAUUUUAACAAUCCCUGGGCAAUCAUCUCAUUUGUUGCAGCCGUGGUUCUGCUGAUUCUUACGUUUGCACAAACCAUCUAUGGCGUGUUCGGUUAUUACCAUCCAAGUUGAAACCAGCAACCCUGUUAUUUUCGCCUUUUGAGCCACAAAUAAACAUAUCACUGGAGCUAUUUCUAUGUUGAAUGUGUUUAGUGAGUAUGAAAUGUAAAGAUGUUGAAUGGUUUGAACGUUUAUUAGACUGUAUGUGUAUUGCAUUGGUUACUUGGAAGGUUACUUUACAAGCUGAUUUGUCUAAUUGGUUUUGCAGCAAUCUAAUAGUGAACACUUCCUCUAA